AUGUUUCCUACAACAUAUGUGCACUACACUGAUGCCGAUGGGAAUGGACGUAUAAAGACAAACAACAUAUUCGGUACUGGAACCUCAUUGUACAAUGUUGCUCAAUGGAUUCUACAAUGGUUGAAAGGUACUUAUGCGUUUGACAUACAAAUUUGGAGCCCAAAUAGCAGUCAAUGGCUUGAUUUCGACGAUGAUUAUAUAAACCAGCAGGGUCCGUAUGGCAAGCAGUCAGAAGUUCAUCUGAAAGUUCUUCGCACCAGUGAUGGUCGAUUUCGAAAUUCAGCACUAGCUACUCGGAAAUAUCAGGCUCCAUCGUCGGUAUUAGUCAAUUAUACCAAUCCAACUAUUAGUUUUAUUCGAGAUAUUCAUGCCGAGCAGCGAGAUGAAGACCGUGAUAAGAAGUCAACAAUCAAAAGUGAUACUGGACGCAAUCCUAUUUUUAUUAAAGUCAAAAUCAUGUGUCAAGCUAGCAAUGCAGCAAGUCCUUCGGCAUAUAAUAUAUUGGUCUUUCUCGUAUGGGAAGUCUGUGAUAAAGGUGUUCGUACCUUAUAUUAUCAUCCAUAUCGGAAACUAGUUAACGACUUAAACGAUGAGGCUUAUGUUACUAUUGUUCCAACAACGGAUAUGUUUGGCCAAGGAGUUGCUCUUGAUGUGUCAACAAAAGGAAUUCCUGGUUCAAAAACAGGUGGUAAAAACCCAGAGAAGCAUCUCUUUUGCCAUUUGGAAAAUAGACUCCAUCAAGAAACAACUUAUGAAACAAGUCGCUUGGCGUGUUUACUGACAGUCAAUGGAGAUCCUUUGUGGCGUACACUCGCACUUUCAAAGCCUACGAUUUUCACAAAGUCGUAUUACACGGUUGAAGAAAGAAAUGUGCUUGAUUGUGAUGGACAAGUUGUAGAAACAGUACGGGUUCAAAUAUUUAAACGAAAAAGGAAUCUGAAUCAAUGUGACACAGUGCCACAGUGUCCUGAUGUAACAAAUCGAAAAGUAAGCAAGAAACGAGUGGAUAAUAAUUCAACUAUCAAUUCGCUGAUUCAUGCUGGUGAAAGUAGUCCUUGCUCUACUGGAGAUGCUACCAUUCAAGGUCUACCCGUUACUUGGGCUGUUCCUCCGACCCCUCAGAAUUUAAACGAUCAAUAUCAAACUGUUCGUGGUAUUAACCAACCACCUGAACAGCUGUCACCCCAUUGGGUAGCUAAAUAUUUGUGUGAGCUCAAAAGCAAGCAAAAUACCAAUGCACCAAAAGCCGUAGCACCGAACGAUGAUGCUGAUCAAGAUGUUUCUCCAAACUCAUCAUACAUUACGCUCUCAAGUGGAUAUAUAUCUCAAUUCAUUAUGGAAACCAAUACAGAUCAAUCUGAUAUUAUCAACAAUCGAACAGUAUCACAAACGGCACCCUUUGCUGAGAUCAGCGAUAGAGCUUUAAUCAUACCUCAAGAACAGCUCGUCAAUGGCAUUUCGCUCAACGGAAAAAAAACAAAUACCAAUGCACCCGGCGAUUUUCAAGUACUCCACAGUUGGUUCCAGACGUAG